AUGGAGCUCCUGAAGGCCACCUGGGAAUUAAACCGUACAGCUCUGGCACGCCGAGAUCGAGCCAGCAUGCCGGCACCAUACACGUUGAGGGCCCAGCGAAGCAGCACAUGGAGUGUUUUGCAUCAUCAUGCGCUUUGUCAUCUCCCUCGACGUGACUGGGGGAAGGCGGCGGGCCAGGCGGGAAGCCUGCUAACCUGGAUCCUGUCCAUUUCCCCACACAGGUCCCGCGGCAGUGCUGGCGGCCAUGGUUCCCGCAGCCAGAAGGAGCUGCCCACGGAGCCCCCCUACACGGCAUAUGUAGGAAAUCUGCCCUUUAACACGGUUCAGGGCGACAUAGACGCUAUCUUUAAGGAUCUCAGCAUUCGGAGUGUACGGCUAGUCCGAGACAAAGACACAGACAAAUUCAAAGGGUUCUGCUACGUGGAGUUUGACGAGGUGGACUCGCUCAAGGAGGCGUUGACAUACGACGGUGCGCUGUUGGGUGACCGGUCACUGCGUGUGGACAUUGCUGAAGGCAGAAAACAAGAUAAAGGUGGCUUUGGCUUCAGGAAAGGUGGACCAGAUGACAGAGGCAUGGGUGGCUCUCGAGAACCUAGAGGCGGCUGGGAUUCCCGGGAAGACUUCAAUUCCGGCUUCCGGGAUGACUUCUUAGGCGGCAGGGGCGGCAGUCGCCCUGGGGACCGGCGAACAGGCCCCCCCAUGGGGGGGAGUCGUUUCCGAGACGGCCCUCCCCUUCGAGGAUCCGGCAUGGACUUCAGAGAACCCACAGAAGAGGAACGAGCACAGAGACCUCGGCUCCAGCUUAAACCUCGAACAGUGGCGACGCCCCUCAAUCAAGUAGCCAACCCCAACUCUGCCAUCUUUGGGGGAGCCAGGCCCAGAGAGGAAGUGGUUCAGAAAGAGCAAGAAUGAGCCUGCGGUGUGCAGAGCAUUGGGCCUGGGGCGCGUUCGAGCAAGCCCGCAGCCUGGUCAGCCCCCGACCGGCUGCCCCGCAGUCCUCAUUCCCGCGCCUGACACUCGUCCUCCUUUCUUACAACGGAAACAGAGCUUGUGAAUGCAUGUCACCUGUUAACAAGUGGUUUUUAGUACAUUCUUGGCCGUA